AUGAAUUACGGUGGUUAUGGAGAUAAUAACUAUUCCGCAAACACAUAUGGUGGUGGUGGAGCUGGCGGCGGCGGCUUUAUGAAUAAUUAUAGCGGAUCACAGGGUGGUGCAAGCCAACAAACACCAGGAAGUGCUUCAAAGAACCGUGCAUCAAAUACUCUUCGUCCUGUCACGAUCAAACAGAUUCUCGAAGCUGUCCAACCUUAUCCAGAGGCGGAGUUCAAGAUUGACGAUGUAGAAUUGAGUCAUAUCACUUUCGUUGCCCAGAUCCGUAAUAUCAGCGAGCAAACUACGAACAUCACCUACAGAAUGGACGAUGGCACAGGAGUUAUUGAGGUGAAGCAAUGGGUUGAUGCUGAUAAUGAGGAUUCAGCCUCAUCAAAGCUUACCACUAAUCAAUACGUACGAAUUAUUGGUGCUCUUAAGCCAUUCAACAAUAAACGUCAUGUUGGAGCUCAUCAGAUCCAUGCAAUUACGGAUUUCAACGAGGUCCAGUACCACCUUCUAGAGGCUGCAGCUAUUCAUCUGCAUUUCACACGAGGUCCCCCAGAACAGUUUGCUGCUGGGGGCGGGGGCGGUGUGGCCCCUCAUGGGCAAUCCAAAAAUGUAAAGACUGAGGAUACAGCAAUGGGUGGAAUGGGUGGCGGCAGUAAUUUCCCGCCCAAUGCAUCUAACAUCUCCAGGAGGGUACACGAUGCUAUUCGCGCUUGUCCGACCCGCCCCGAUGGUAUCCAUGUAAACAUCAUUUCACAGAAGAGUGGUCUGGGGAUACCACAAGUUUUCAAGGGAGUGGAAGAGUUGUUGGAACUCGGGCUUGCUUACACAACUACGGAUGAUAACCAUUUUGCUCUUAUGGAUUUUUAA